GCGGGCCGCAUCUCACCAUGCUCCGCGGCCCCGACCGCCUCCUCAGGGUCACCGCAGCACCCGUCGCGGCCCUGGCUGUGGCGCUGGUCUCGUCGCUCUCUCGCUGCUCCCUCCUGGAGCCGGAGGACCCUGUGGUGUCGGCGCUCAGCCCCUACUUCGGCACCAAGACUCGCUACGAGGAUGCCAACCCUGGGCUGCUGCCGAACCCAGAGGCGCCGCGGCGGGAUCCCGAGCUGCUGGAGGAGACCUGCACUCCCGUGCAGCUGGUCGCCCUCAUCCGCCACGGCACCCGCUACCCUACGGCCAAACAAAUCCGCAAGCUGCGGCAGCUGCACGGGCUGCUGCAGGCCCGCGGGCGGGAUGACGGAACCUGCGCUGCGGGCGGUCGCAGCCUGUGCGCCGCGUUGGCCAAUUGGCCGCUGUGGUACGCGGACUGGAUGGACGGGCAGCUAGUGGAGAAGGGGCGGCAGGACAUGAGACAGCUGGCGCUGCGCAUGGCCUCCCUUUUCCCGGCCCUCUUCAGCCGCGAGAACUACGGCCGUCUGCAGCUAGUCACCAGCUCCAAGCACCGCUGCGUGGACAGCGGCGCUGCCUUCCUGCAGGGGCUGUGGCAGCACUACCACCCGGGGGUGCCGCCGCCCGACGUCGCAGACAUGGAGUGUGGGCCUCCAAGAAUUAAUGAUAAACUAAUGAGGUUCUUUGAUUAUUGUGAGAAGUUUUUAACUCAAGUAGAAAAGAAUGCUACGGCUCUUUAUCAUGUAGAAGCCUUCAAAACUGGACCAGAAAUGCAGAACAUUUUAAACAAAGUUGCAGCUACUUUACAAGUGCCAGUCAACAAUUUAAGUGCAGAUUUAAUUCAGGUAGCUUUUUUCACCUGUUCAUUUGACCUGGCAAUUAAAGGUGUUAAAUCUCCUUGGUGUGAUGUUUUUGACAUAGACGAUGCAAAGGUUUUAGAGUAUUUAAAUGAUCUGAAACAGUAUUGGAAAAGAGGAUAUGGAUAUACUAUUAAUAGUCGAUCCAGCUGCACCUUGUUUCAGGAUAUCUUUCAGCACUUGGACAAAGCAAUUGAACAGAAAAAAAGUUCUCAACCAGUUUCCUCUCCAGUCAUCCUUCAGUUUGGUCAUGCAGAGACCCUUCUUCCACUGCUUUCUCUUAUGGGCUACUUCAAAGACAAGGAGCCCCUAACAGCUUAUAAUUACAAGGAGCAAAUGCAUAGGAAGUUCCGAAGUGGUCACAUUGUACCCUAUGCCUCAAACCUAAUAUUUGUGCUUUACCAUUGUAAAAAUGCUAAGACUCCUAAAGAAGAAUUCCGAGUGCAGAUGUUGUUAAAUGAAAAAGUGUUACCCUUGGCUCACUCACAACAAACUGUUUCUUUAUAUGAAGAUCUGAAGAACUACUACAAGGAUAUCCUUCAGAGUUGUCAUACCAGUGAAGAAUGUGACGUACCAAAGGUGAACACAUCUGAUGAGCUAUGAGUAACUGGAAAACAUUUUAGAUUCAUCAGGAAUCUAUAGGGAGUGAUUACAUGCUUAGAAUAAUAGAUGGACAAUCCCUGGCUACAGAAAGCUUUAACAUUUCUUGGGUAUUUCUGUCUUUUUAAAGAAAAGCGUUGUUUCUUUUUAGUCUGGACAUGGAUGUGUAAGAAAGGAUUCUUCGCUGGAGCCACUCUCUUAAAGGAAAAAAAUUUGUUCAGAGAAAUAACUGGCAUUGCAAACGUUUACAGAAAUUAAAUUCCUCCUAUUUAUGUAAGAAAUCUCACACUGAGAUGGAAUAUGAUUUCAAAAUGAUACUAGAAAGUUUUGGAGUAACAAAAUAUUAUGUCAGUUGGAUGAUCUAUAACUUGAUUGGACUAAGUCUAGGAACUUUACCAGUUGUGCUGCAGUUCCUUUCUUUUUCCCCUGGUAGCACAGUUCAAGUAUUGUCUUUCUUAAUCAGAAAUACUGUGAUUCACUCGGAGUAUCACUUUGGAAGAAAGCUAACAUCUCUCUAGUUGAGAAUUUGAAACAAUAUUAAGAAACAGAGUCUGAUUUAAAAGAACAUCUUCACUGAAAGAAAACAAAAACACCGAUCUUAUUAUACUUUUGUCAGUAGUAUUUAUAAAGUAUUUGAACAAUGUUUCAAUAAUUCCUUUUAACCUCCUAGUAAGUCUUGCAAGGCCAUUCUUCAUUCAUUCUUAUCAUACCUGUUUUACAUAUAUAACAAUGGAAGGAAAAGAAGACCAUUAGUAACAAGAGAGAAGAACAGAAUCAAAGUUUCUUAAAUCCAUUGCUUAGCAAUUUUUUUAUUCUGUCAUUUUGCUUCAAUUUUUUAUAUUUUGCUAUUAUGUGAAAUACAUCUUUUGGUGGCUUAAUUUCUUUCUUGUUCUUUCUUUAAAAAAAAAAAAGACUUCAUCCUGGUGGGCUUAGUUUCACAGAUAUGAACCCAUUUCAAAGAAAUAGCUCUGAGUUCUGUCAAAUGCCAUGAAAAUGUUUGCCAUGAAAAUGUUUGCCAUGAAAAUAAACAGAAUUCUUGAGAUUUUUACUACCAGGUCUUUUCUGCUCUCUGUGUUAAAAUACAAUCAGUAAUUGAUGGUAAAAGGUUAGAAUUUCAAGUAGCUUUGACUAAAUCACC